GGGCUACGUAAGGAUUUAAAAGCUUCAGGAAUCGUCGCGUGUUGCUCAGUGGUGUCAGCACCACCCGCUCCGACACGUUACUCCACAGCUUUACUAAAGGGUUUUUUGAAAUGAGUAUUCCUGUGGUGGACUUUGGUGCAUACGGCCUGAGUGGGCGCGAUGUUGCCGAUGAGCAGCUGCACAACUUGGGCGAGGAGCUGAAAGCGGCCUUCACAGAUGUCGGGUUCGUGUACCUGAAGAACACCGGCAUCACCGACGACGAGGUGGACCGCGUCAUGGACGUGUCCGAGAACUUCUUCAUGCAGCCAGAUGAUGCGAAGCGGCCCUUCAGCAGGGGAAGCUUCGCCGGCAGCGCCAACCACGGCUGGGUGUCUCUGGAGACGGAGAGGUUAAAUCCACGUCGACCCGGAGACCUGAAGGAGGCAUUCAAUGCUGUUUCACUUCGCCCUGACAUAAAGUGGCCGUCAUCGGACUUCCAGGAGAUCCAGACGUCUUUCUUCCUGCGAUGCAAGGAGCUGAGUCUGCGGGUGCUGAGGGUUAUGGCCCACAGUCUCGGCCUGGACCCCGGGGUGUUCCUGAGUGCACACCGUGAAAUAGGCACAGAUGAGAAUGGCACAACGCUGCGCUCUCUGUACUACCCACCGGUGAACAGUGAGAAAGCUAAGGAGGGUCAACUGCGAUGUGGAGAGCAUUCAGACUACGGCAGCAUCACGCUGCUGUUCCAGAGGUCAGAAGGUCUGCAGGUGCGUCGACGUUCAGGUGAAUUCAUGUGUGCUCCCUGCGUCCCUGGAACCGUCCUCAUCAACAUCGCUGACCUGAUGCAGCGCUGGACCAGUGAUCAGUUAGUCUCUGUGGUGAGGCUGAGGCUUUUUUCUGCAGAUUUUGAACUGAGUUCUAUAAACAGGUCCACAGGGUUUUGCUGCCCCCUGCUGGGGACUCCAGCACACGUCAGUCCCUGGCUUUCUUUGCCCAGCCCGAUGAUGUGGCUGUGAUCACCUGCUGCGACGGCUCCAACAAAUACCCUCCAGUGUCCUCAGGGGACUUCCUCAAGGAGCGGUUCAAUGACUCGUACGGACGAAGCUGAAUAACCAUUCAAGAAUUUGAUGGGGUUUUUGUUUGUUUGUUUUUGAAUCAUACUGGGGAAGUCACUCUUGUAAAAUUGCUGAAUAUUUAAUUUACGAUCUUAUGUUUUUACAUUUCUAAUUAAGUGUGUGUGUGUUCACCAAUAUUUACGACAAAAAGAAGCAAACCUAAAAUUGCAAGCUCAUUCAUUUUAUUGUCCACAUUCAAUUCCUCAAAUAAAUAAAUGAAAUUAGACCAGAUAGAUUUGACUGCUUUUUAAAAUGGACAUAGAAAUAUACCUGUACAGAUCCUCAAAAGGUCUGUCUGUGUUCUUGUUUUAUCUCCUACUGUAGGUGCUUUGAAAUCGGUUUGACUAAGUCACUCCUCAGUUCAGUGUCAUUGACAGUGGUGUAGAGAAUACAUAAAUUAAAGUAUUAUGAAAAACGACAGAUUCUAAAACACUCACAAGCACUAACAAAAGCACACCGUAAACAAUCAACCACUUCAGAAUCCAUACAUUCACUCACAAUUAUAUUAAAUCAAACACAAGCUAAAUCCAGGGCUGCAAGGUGGUGUAGUGGUCAGCGCUGUCACCUCACAGCAAGAGGGUUCUGGGUUCCAGUCCCGGUUCAAACCAACCAGGGCCUGUCUGCGUGGAGUUUGCAUGUUGUCCCCGUGUAUGCGUGGUUCUCUGGCUUCCUCCCACAGCCCAAAGACAUGCAGAAUAGGAUUAGGUUAAUCGAAGAUUCUAAAUUCCCCGUAGGUGUGAAUAUGAGUGAAUGGUUGUCCGUCUCUGUAUCUGGCCCUGCGAUAGGCUGGCUUUCUGUGCAUGGAAGAGUUUCUCUGCAAAUUAUCUCAACCAUUUAAAAAAAACAGUUUCUAACUUAAAAUGUUAUAAAACAGUUGACGUGUUUGAUCAUUUGAAAUGUAUAUGACUUUUUAUACCUCAAUAGCUAAUUUACACACAUUUUCACAGCUUGAAAUGAAACCUGAAUACACAUGUAACAAUCAAGGUGAAAAAGCUAACAAGUCUUAUUAAAAAACUUUGUGUUUCUAUACGAUGAAUUAAAACCUUUCAGAAAGGACAGUGUUAUAAAUUUGCCAGCAGUUCUACAUGAACUCUCAAGUUACGUUAAUAACAUUCAUAUUUAUCUGAAAUAAAGUGAAUAAUAGGCUCUCUUCACCUGACGAAAUACAUAAAGUGGGGUGUUUUUUUUGUCGAAGACCGUAUCAGUGAAAAUAAA